GCCGGCGGCAAAAGUUUGAAUUGAAUAGAAAACUGUUAGGAGUGGAGCGCAUGAGAAACGAAAUGGAGCUGCGAUUAAAACAGGAACAACUUGAGUAAAAAAUAAAAAAAGCCUCUCGGAGAAAAGAAAUCUGUUUUCAUUAUCAACACUAAAAAGUUUUCCUGGAAGGGAAUAUUUUGGGGAGAACAUGGAUCCAGCAAAUAUUCACAGACUAAUUGAGCAGCUGCUGAGACAGACAGAGGUUCUCAGUGAAGGCCUUGAACCACAAUUCUUGCAGCUGGCACGCAGCUUUGAGAACUGUCGUCAGAAGUGGCUGAAGUCUGAACAGGAGCUGGCGUGCUGCAAUGAGCUGCUCACUAAAACUGAGGCUGAACGCAGUGCUCUGGACGUAAAGUUAAAACAUGCCCGCAAUCAAGUUGAUGUGGAGAUCAAGAGGCGCCAACGGGCAGAGGCCGAAUGUGAGAAACUGGACCGUCAAAUUCAGCUGAUCCGUGAAUUGUUGAUCGCAGAAAACACUUCUAGUAUUCAGUUAAAUGACGAGCAACGGUCAGCCUUGGCAUUUCUGAAUGCCAGGUCUCAAACUGCUGGCCAAAACAGUAGACGAUUGUCUACCAUUGAUGAGUCCACAUCAUUAUUAUCAGAUAUCAGCUAUGACAAGACUGAGGACUCCUUGGACUGGGAUUCGUCCAUUGUUAAAACUGUCCGCCUCAAGAAGCGGGAAAAAAGACGCUCCUCUAGGCAUCACACUGAUGGACCUCCAGGAGCUGCCAAACGGUCUCGCUCAGGAGGAAGGGCUUCUGAUAAAAUGAAUGAGUCAAUUGUGGCAACAACCACUGUGACAGUGCCCGCUGAUGGCAGUUCUAUUGAGGCCAUCUCCACUAUUGAGACUGUCCCAUACUGGACACGCAGCCGUAGAAAGACAGCAAAUCUUCAAAACUGGAAUGACUCUGUUUUGCCUGAAAACAUCACUGUUAGCAGGGGGUUGCAGAAGAAGUCAGAUGUGGAUCGUCUCAAUCAAACAAAUACUGUCCAGAGUAAUGGAGGCAUGAGGCUUCAUGAGUUUGUGUCCAAAACGGUUAUCAAGCCAGAAUCCUGUGUGCCCUGUGGGAAGCGAAUCAAAUUUGGGAAAGUGGCACUCAAGUGUCGUGACUGCAGAGUAGUGACUCAUCCAGAAUGUAGAGAUCGCUGCCCUCUGCCCUGCAUUCCUGUGCUGACUGGUACUCCUGUUAAACCUGGAGAGGGAACCCUGGCUGACUUUGUUCCUUCCACUCCUCCUAUGAUUCCAACACUUAUUGUUCACUGCGUAAAUGAAAUUGAGCAGCGUGGUAUGCACGAGACGGGACUUUACCGGAUCUCCGGCUGUGAACGGACGGUCAAGGAACUAAAAGAGAAGUUCCUGCGUGGGAAGACUGUGCCGUUGCUUAGCAAGGUUGAUGACAUCCAUGCUAUUUGUGGCCUCUUGAAGGACUUCAUGAGAAACCUGAAGGAACCACUGCUCACUUUUAGGCUCAACAAAGAUUUUAUGGAGGCAGCCGAAAUCUCUGAUGAGGACAACAGUGUUGCUGCAGUGUACCAGAAAAUUAGUGAGCUUCCUCAUGCCAACCGGGACACUCUGGCCUUCCUAAUAUUGCAUCUUCAGAGAGUGGCUCUGAAUCCAGAGACCAAAAUGGAUAUUUCAAAUCUGUCUAAGGUGUUUGGACCUACGCUAGUUGGCCAUGCUGUCCCUGAUCCUGACCCUGUGACUCUACUGCAAGACACGAGAAGGCAGCCAAAGGUGAUGGAACGUCUGCUUUGCCUUCCAGCUGAAUACUGGAACCAGUACAUGAUGGUGGAGCAGGAAAACAUGAACCCAGGCAAUAUCAUUGAAAACUCCAAUGCUUACUCCACUCCUGAUGUUAAAGUGAGUAUGCUUGGGCCGCUGACCACUCCAGAGCACCAAAUGUCUAAAACGCCGUCUUCCAGUUCGAUUUCACAGAGAGUGAAAAGCACACUAAGCAGAACAACUCCAAAGUUUGGAAGCAAGAGCAAGUCUGCCACCAACUUCCGUCAGGGACCUUUCUUUGCUUCGCCACAACUUAAGUGAUGAGCAGCUAAGGACUGGCAUCUGAGGCAUGUUCUGCCAAUCAACAGAAGCAUUUGUGUUUUUAAUUUGUUUUUAAUUUGGUUGUGAAAUAUCUUGACAACCUACACCCAUUACCAAAGCCCCUAACUAAAUAGGAGGCCUUUUUUUUUUUAACAACUAUUGCUGCUUUUACUGUUCUUAAAUGUUAAUUCAGGCUUUCCAAAAUUACCCUUUUUUUUAUUACAGCGGUAACCAAAGUGUUGCAAGUAAAUUAACAAGCAUGGCUGUAUCAUGAAAAAAGUUCACAAAGAUCAUCUAGGUGGUCUCCAUCUGCCCCCAACUGGAGAACACAAGAAAGUGCAGGCAAUUAUAGCACUACACUGCUAGUGGGGCACAUCAUUUCGAAUAUAAAUAGUGGUGUAAAUAUUUCAGCAGCAUCAUUUGUGGCUGGAUUAAUGGAGGGAGGCUAUUGCAGAUACUCCCCUGGUUAAAUUUGUUAUUUUUAUCGUCUUUUAUAAGAAAAGUUUGGUGCUUUUCAGCACCCUCCUGUUCAGUUUUAUUGCUUUAUUCAGAUAACUUAUUAUACUCUUAAUAGAUAAUCCUGCUUCGUGUACGCAUGCAACACCAUUUGGGAUUAGAGGAUGAAGUGACAUUUGUAAGUUCAAUACGAGGAUAUUUUAAAAAAAAAAAAAAAUUUAAGAUGGAUUAUGGGAAACCUGCAGUCAUUUCAUGUUCAUGUUGGAAGAGUGGGACACUAUUGUGAGGAGUUAUUUAGCUGAUGAUGAAAAAGACAUUAGUGGGUUUUAUUUUCUUUUUUUACAAAAUGUUUUGUAGCUAGUAUGCUGCCGAGCAGCUCUGAACAGCAGACCUGCAGGUUUCAAGCCAGUGAGUGGUAUUUUAUUUAUUUUCUCUUCCUCUUUUUUCCAUCAGCACUUUGUAACUUUGGCAUACUUGAUGCCAUUUUAUAAGUGUUCAUUUCAGUGUUUACAUGACUUGGUGUACUUCUGUUGCUUUUCAUCCCUUAUAUAUAAACACUAAAACCACA